UGCUCGGAGCUCACUGUCAUCAGCAAUAAUAAUGUCUUCCUACGUCCUCGGUGUGGAUUUGGGCACCACGUCGGUAAAAGCCGUUUUAUUAGAAACCGUCUCUCGGUCGGUGGCUGCGAGCCACACGUUACCGACUGCGUCAGCUGCACCUGAACACAGCGGGAUAAAGGCAGACGAGCAGCAGACCGGGCGGAUCAUCGACGCGCUGAACCGGUGCGUCGGCCUGCUGCCCGCCGACAAACUGCAGCGCGUGAGCAGCAUCGGGCUGUCCGGACAGAUGCACGGGGUUUUAUUUUGGAAAGCAAAAAGCGGUUGUGAUUGGUCCAAGAGGGAUUUCUUCACAGCCAGAGACACCAGUCAGCUGAUCACCUGGCAGGACGGCCGCUGCAGCGGUGACUUCCUGUCCUCGCUGCCAACACCAGACUCGCACCUCAGCGUAGCCACGGGGUUCGGCUGUGCAACAAUCUUCUGGUACAUGAGACACAG